UUCCGCUGAAUUUCAGUAGAAAUGCUUCUGUUUUUUCUAUUUUGAUAUCUCUUUUAUUGAUUUGGGUUUUUUUUUUUUCUACUUCUUCAGCUGAAUUCUCAAUAGAAAUUUGGUUUCUGCAGAUAUCAAUCUCUCUUUGUAUUGAAUCUGGAUCAUUAUUUCUGCUCGUUAGUCGAAUUUUGAGAAAAAAAUCUAGCUCCAGUUUAUUUUGAUUUUUAUUUGUGUUAGAUUUGUGAGUUUUUAGUUGAAUUUUGAGAAGAAAAAAAUGCUGCGUUUGGUGGAUUAAGUCAAUAAAUCCAUGUUUUGAUUGAUUUAUUUAUUUAAAUUAUUGUUCAGUUCUAACAAUGAAAAUGGGAUUUUUUACAUUUUUCGGGGCAUUUCUCUGCAUAUCUGCAUUUUCCGUUCGUGUCCUUGGUAAGGAAUGCACGAACAUUCCUACCCAGCUUUCAUCUCACACUCUCCGAUAUGAGCUCCUGUCAUCAAUGAACCAGUCGUGGAGGGACGAGAUAUUUUCAUACUACCAUCUUAUCCCUACUGAUGACUCUGCCUGGAUGAAUUUGCUCCCGCGGAAGCUUCUGAGUGACAAGGCAGGGGAAGAAUUAGACUGGGCAAUGCUCUACCGGCGUAUGAAGAACCCGGGCGGGUCAAAAACUCUCAGCGGUGGACCAGGCUUCCUCAAGGAAGUGUCGCUUCACGAUGUGCGGUUGGAUUCAGGCUCCAUGCAUGGGCAGGCCCAGCAGACAAAUUUGGAGUACUUGUUGAUGUUGGAUGUCGAUAGCCUGGUUUGGAGCUUUAGAAAGACAGCGGGUUUAGAAACGCCCGGCACGCCGUAUGGAGGGUGGGAGUCUCCGUCAACCGAGCUCAGGGGUCAUUUUGUAGGGCACUACAUGAGUGCAUCGGCCCAAAUGUGGGCAAGUACAUACAAUGAUACUCUCCACGAGAAAAUGUCUGCGGUGAUUUCUGCACUUCAUUCCUGUCAGAAACAGUUGGGAACAGGGUAUCUUUCAGCUUUCCCCUCUGAGCUAUUUGAUCGUUUUGAAGCUAUUAAACCCGUUUGGGCGCCAUACUAUACUAUUCACAAGAUCAUGGCAGGCCUUUUGGAUCAAUAUCUGUUCACUAAUAACACUCAGGCUUUAGAAAUGGUGGUUGGUAUGGCUGACUACUUCAACAACCGGGUGCAAAAUGUCAUAUCGAAGUAUAGUCUGGAAAGGCACUGGUUAUCGCUUAAUGAAGAAACUGGUGGCAUGAAUGAUGUUCUUUAUAAGCUAUACAGUGUAACGGGAGACCAAAAGCAUCUUAUAUUAGCCCAUCUCUUUGACAAACCAUGCUUUCUAGGAUUGCUAGCAGUACAGGCAGACAGCCUUUCUGGUUUUCAUGCCAAUACACAUAUUCCAGUUGUUAUUGGAUCCCAGAUGCGAUAUGAGAUUACUGGUGACCCACUCUAUAAGGCUAUGGGAACAUACUUCAUGGAUAUUGUCAAUUCUUCUCAUAGCUACGCAACGGGUGGGACAUCUGUCAGUGAGUUCUGGUCCAACCCAAAGCGUUUAGCAGAUACUUUACAGACAGAGAAUGAAGAGUCCUGUACUACUUACAACAUGCUCAAGGUUUCCCGCCACUUGUUCAGAUGGACCAAAGAAAUGUCAUAUGCAGAUUAUUAUGAACGUGCUCUGACAAAUGGUGUUCUGAGCAUCCAAAGAGGAAGGGAGCCUGGCGUAAUGAUUUAUAUGCUUCCUCAGGGACGAGGAAAAUCCAAAGCACAAAGCUAUCAUGGUUGGGGAACCAAGUUUGAUUCCUUUUGGUGUUGUUAUGGGACAGCAAUUGAAUCAUUUUCAAAGUUAGGAGAUUCCAUAUACUUCGAGGAAGAGGGGGAUACUCCGGGUCUUUACGUCAUCCAGUUCAUAUCAAGCUCUUUUAAUUGGAGAUCUGGACAGAUUAUGCUAAAUCAGAAAGUAGAACCUGUAGUUUCAUCAGACCCCUACCUUCGAGUGUCAUUUGCAAUUUCAACAAAGGAGGGGAUGGGCCAAUCAUCAACCAUCUACCUGCGGAUACCAAUUUGGACACAGUCAGAUGGUGCCAAGGCAACAUUCAAUGGUGAAAAUUUGCCCCUGCCACCUCCAGGGAAUUUCCUUUCAAUCACAAAAAGAUGGAGUCCCAAUGACAAACUGACCCUUCAGUUGCCGAUUAGCCUGAGGACAGAGACCAUAAAAGAUGAGCGACCUGAAUAUGCUUCUGUUCAGGCCAUUCUUUUUGGUCCCUACCUUCUUGCUGGCUUUACCGAUGGUGACUGGGACUUGAAAACCGGAACAGAUAAAUCUCUCUCUGACAGGAUCACUGCAAUCCCAACCACCUAUAAUUCUCAGCUGCUCUCUCUUACUCAAGAAGAUGUUUCCGCAACCCUGAUCUUCACAAACUCAAACAAUUCCAUUAGGAUGGAGAAACUGCCUGUGGCCGGCACAGAUUCUGCUGUCCAUGCCACCUUCAGGCUCGUUCCCAUGGAUGCAGACUCCUCUCAUUUCUCCUCCCAGACAGAUGUCAUUGGAAAAUCCGUCAUGCUUGAGCCAUUCGACCUUCCAGGAAUGGCAGUGGUGCACCAAGGUCCGAACAACAAUCUCAAGAUUGCCAUUCCCGAAGGUGGGUCAGGCUCCAGUGAUGACAAAGGGAUGUCUGUGUUCAAAGUGGUUGCCGGAUUGGACGGGAAGUCUGGCACAGUUUCGUUGGAAUCAGAGAGCCAGAAGGGGUGCUUCGUGUAUGGUAUUGGUGGGGUGAAUGACAAUGCUGAAGAGAGUGUGAAGUUGAUCUGCCAACAGGGGAGGAGAGUGGGUGCCGGUUUCCAUCAGGCUGCAAGCUUUACGAUGAAUGAAGGGAUGAGUGAAUAUCAUCCAAUCAGUUUUGUGGCGACUGGACUGAAGAGAAAUUUCUUGUUGUCGCCAUUGCUGAGCUUGAGAGAUGAAUCUUAUACAGUGUAUUUUAACAUUGAUACAUGAAAAAUAGGUUGUAUGGAUGCAUAAAGUCCCAUGCAAGGCAAAUGCAUGGAUGUGUCGUUUCCUUUAUUUGGGUGGGUUAUAUAAUAAGUUCCCUUGCUUAUAGAGACUAAAAUUGGAUUGAA